AGACCAGAGACUGCUAAAAGGUAAGAAAGUUAAAACAAAUUGCAGACCGCAACGGUCUAAUUUUUUAACAGACACCAAUCAACUUGGUUGUCGAAUGACAAAAACACCCUUGUGGUUAAACGCGUGAGAAAUUCUCGUAGGAAUGAAAAUUCUAAAAAAAAUGAAAUGGUAAAAAAAAAUCAAAACCGGAUUUUAAAACGCCGCAACUGCCGUUUCAAGGUCCUAUAAAACAGACUCUGUAGCCUUCAGAGUCUCACUCUUUACUUACAUGUUCUCUGCAUCUCUUUCUCUCUUUAUCUUCAUCUUCUUUGUCACUCUUCUCUGCGCAAAACUUUCUUUUCUCUGAAUUUUUUUCCCAGGAAUAUUAUUUAACCUCAAUAUUCAUCCCCAAACAAGAAAAAAAGCAUCUCCCGCCUUUGCUUGGUUACCAAACUCUGAUUCCCUAAGCAUCUACCCAAAAGCUCUUUUCUCUUUCUCUUUUCUUCAACUUUCCUUUGAAAAUCUUGCUUUUCUCCUCAUCUCCUCUCUUGUUACAGAGCAUCAGUCUCUUGUUUAUUCUUUGUCUCCCUCACUUUUUCCUCUUUACUUUCGCAACUCUCUCAUAUAUAUACAAACACACAACACAAAGAACACUUACUUACACAGUAACAGUUUGAAGAAAGAGAUUUAAAGAAGAAUGGAGACAGACAAGAAAGUACUCAAGAGCAUGAGCACCACUACAAUAACUCAACCAAGAAUCUUGAGAAUCUCUGUUAGUGAUCCUUACGCUACAGACUCCUCAAGCGACGAAGAUGAAGGAUUUUCAGAAAUCUCCGGAAAACGACGCCGUGUCAAGAAGUUCGUUAACGAAGUGGUUCUCCAGUCCACAGUCCCCGAUAAAGACAGACCAAAGAAGAAGAAGAGACCAAACACGAACACGAAGACGACAGCUGAGACUGCUCCGGCGAGAAAGUACCGCGGAGUGAGACAACGGCCGUGGGGAAAAUGGGCGGCGGAGAUUAGAGACCCGAGUAGACGUGUACGGCUCUGGUUAGGCACUUACGAUACGGCGGAGGAAGCCGCCAUUGUUUACGACAACGCCGCUAUUCAGCUGCGUGGUCCAAACGCCCUCACUAACUUCUCUCCUCCUCCUCCGGCGACGGAGAACGGCGAAGAAGCUUCGAAGGUUUCAGAUGGAGAAUGUCUCGGUUCGCCGGUUUCUGUUCUCCAAACUCCCUUCUCCGGCGAGUCUACGGCGGCGAUCACGGUAAAAGAAGAAUUUUACGGCGUAUCGACGACGACGGCGGCGGUUGAGGUGAAAGAGGAACCGUCGAUAACCGUUUCAGAUACUUUCACGGAUUUCUCGUCGCCGUUGUUCUUAGACGACGACGUUUUUGGUUUCUCGACGUCGAUGCCUGACUGUUUUGGAGAUGGUGUUUUUGCGGAUAUGAGUUUCGGGUUUGGGUCCGGGUCUGGAUUCUCCAGCUGGCACGUGGAGGACCAUUUUCAAGAUAUUGGAGAUCUAUUCGGGUCGGACCCUCUUUUAACUGUUUAGCACAUUUAUCAAAAAAAAAAAAAAGUAACCGGCCGUUAAUAACGGCGAAGUUUUGUUACCGGCGGGGGAAAUGAAAGAUAAUUGUCAAAGUUUUUGAUCAAUUUAAUAA